CCUCCCCCCACUCCCUCUGGCCUGGCCUCUCUAGCUACUCCCUCCAUUUUCCCUCUCUUUCUAUAUAAGCCCGUAUCUACCGUUCCCCAGUUCCAGCAUUUUUAUUGUUAUUCUUUGCCCUCCCUUUCUCUGCCUUUCUUUCUCUCACUCGUUCCCUUCUUGAUUUUUCACGAGGCGGGCGAGGGUGAUUUUCAUUUCCUUUCGACUCUCUCUUCAGGUCUCUUUGAGCCGUAGCCAUGGCCACUGGACAGUUAUUUUCUCGAACUACACAAGCUUUGUUCUACAACUACAAACAACUUCCCAUUCAACGGAUGCUCGAUUUCGACUUCCUUUGCGGGAGGGAAACACCAUCUGUUGCUGGUAUCAUUAAUCCUGGUGCUGAGGGAUUUCAGAAACUCUUCUUUGGUCAAGAGGAAAUCGCGAUCCCCGUACAUUCUACCAUUGAGGCAGCAUGUGCUGCACAUCCAACAGCCGAUGUUUUUAUUAACUUCGCAUCGUUUCGAAGUGCUGCUGCUUCGUCCAUGGCUGCGCUGAAACAGCCAACCAUUCGAGUUGUUGCUAUAAUUGCUGAAGGUGUUCCUGAGUCAGACACCAAGCAGUUGAUUGCAUAUGCCCGCUCCAACAAUAAGGUUGUUAUUGGUCCAGCUACCGUUGGAGGAAUUCAGGGUGGAGCUUUUAAGAUAGGUGACACUGCUGGAACAAUUGACAAUAUUAUUCAGUGCAAGCUGUACAGGCCUGGAUCUAUCGGCUUUGUCUCCAAAUCCGGUGGCAUGUCAAAUGAAAUGUACAACACUAUUGCCCGUGUUACAGAUGGAAUCUAUGAAGGCAUUGCAAUUGGAGGAGAUGUCUUCCCAGGCUCCACUUUAUCUGACCAUAUCUUGCGGUUUAACAAUAUUCCUCAGGUAAAGAUGAUGGUUGUCCUUGGAGAACUUGGUGGACGAGAUGAGUAUUCUUUAGUUGAAGCCUUGAAACAGGGAAAAGUGAACAAGCCAGUUGUUGCUUGGGUCAGUGGAACUUGUGCACGACUCUUCAAAUCAGAAGUACAGUUCGGUCAUGCUGGAGCUAAGAGUGGUGGUGAGAUGGAGUCUGCACAGGGGAAGAAUCAAGCACUAAGGGAAGCUGGAGCUAUUGUUCCCACUUCAUAUGAAGCUUUGGAAGCUGCAAUCAAGGAGACAUUUGAGAAACUGGUUGAAGAAGGGAAGAUUACACCUGUGAAGGAAGUUAAGCCUCCACAAAUCCCAGAAGAUCUUAACAGUGCAAUUAAGAGCGGAAAAGUUCGUGCUCCAACUCAUAUUAUUUCGACCAUCUCUGAUGACAGAGGUGAGGAGCCAUGCUAUGCUGGUGUGCCCAUGUCUUCCAUUGUUGAGCAAGGUUAUGGUGUUGGUGAUGUCAUUUCUCUCUUGUGGUUCAAACGUAGCCUUCCCCGUUACUGUACUCAUUUUAUCGAGAUAUGCAUCAUGCUCUGUGCCGACCAUGGUCCCUGUGUCUCUGGUGCUCACAACACUAUCGUGACUGCAAGAGCUGGGAAGGACCUUGUUUCCAGCCUUGUUUCAGGUUUGCUUACUAUUGGUCCUCGAUUUGGUGGUGCCAUUGAUGAUGCUGCUCGAUACUUUAAAGAUGCUUAUGAUAGGGGUCUUACACCUUAUGAAUUUGUUGAAGGCAUGAAAAAGAAGGGCAUUCGUGUGCCAGGAAUUGGCCACAGGAUCAAGAGAGGGGACAACAGAGAUAAGAGAGUAGAGCUCCUCCAACGGUUUGCACGCACACAUUUCCCAUCUGUGAAGUACAUGGAAUAUGCCGUUCAAGUUGAAACCUAUACUCUCUCAAAGGCUAACAACCUUGUCCUCAAUGUGGAUGGUGCCAUCGGGUCUCUUUUCUUGGAUCUUCUUGCUGGAAGUGGAAUGUUCAGCAAACAAGAGAUUGAUGAGAUAGUUGAGAUUGGUUACCUGAAUGGGCUUUUUGUGCUAGCACGAUCUAUUGGUUUGAUUGGGCACACUUUUGACCAGAAGAGAUUGAAGCAGCCACUGUACCGUCACCCAUGGGAGGAUGUUCUCUACACCAAGUGAGAGAUUCAUUCGCAGCAGGUGCAACAACCACCUGCUCUCCUCGAGCAUUUUCUUGGAGUUCUUGUGUCUGCAUUUUGAUGGGGUAAUGGUUUGUUUGGUUCUUAGGUUAGUGUUCGUAACGCUAGAUGGUGGGCCUCCCAUAGUUUAAUUUUUAUUCGAAGUUCGCAAGGAGAGAAAGUCUUCUGCCAAUUUAUUAAACAAAGUGAUGUUUGCUUGAUUAGAUUUAGUUCGUAGGUACCAGUUCCCCGGACAAAUAAGAGAUGUCAGGUUGUAUCUUGUAUGUGCGAAACGGUACAUUGUAUGAGAAUCCCUUCAUUCUGAAGUAAUGUAGGCAGUUCAAAAAUAAGCUUUUCUAAUUGUGAAUCA